ACCUGGAGCAUGCCGGCAGCGGAGCGCGUCUCCCCGGCUGCGAACCCAGCUCGCGUCCCGCGAGGCGCGGAAAGGAGGGCAGGUUCAGGGGCAAACCAGGAACUGGGGAGGAAGAGCUGGGCUACUCGGAGUACUACAGAAACGUUUUAAAGAUGGAGUCAGAACAUCUCAGGCUGUGUCUAAGGGCCAGGUCUGUGCGCGUCAGGACGUGGGUCGGUCUCACCGGGACGCUUCCCGUUCUUUCCUGGCUGUUCCCGAGGCCUUGCAUUUCCUGUUCCACCUGAGGCAGCUCUCCCCAAUCUUCACCCUGGGGACUUUAAAGUGAAAAUGGCACAACAAGAACCAGCAGAGUCUUCUCAAAAUACCAAGCAGUCCAUUAUUUCAGAGGAGUUAAUUUCAGAAGGAAAAUGGGUCAAGCUUGAAAAAACAACUUACAGAGAUCCUACUGGUAAAACAAGUGUGUUGGGGAUGGGACCUUCAGUGCUUUUCCCAGCACUGUCUUCUUCAGUCUUUAGGACUCUAACCGUAGGAGGCAGCAGAGAGAACUGGGCCAGAAGAACUUGGGAAACUGUGAAGCGGACAACAAGGAAAGGCCAGUCGGCUGAUGGUGUGGCGGUCAUCCCCUUGCUGCAAAGAACCCUUCACUAUGAAUGCAUCAUUCUGGUGAAGCAGUUCCGACCCCCGAUGGGGGGCUACUGCCUAGAAUUCCCCGCCGGUCUCAUCGAUGAGAACGAAAGCCCAGAAGCAGCUGCUCUUCGGGAGCUCGAGGAAGAAACUGGCUACAAGGGCGAUGUUGCUGAAUGUUCCCCAGCUGUCUGUAUGGAUCCAGGCUUGUCAAACUGUACCACACAUAUCGUAACCGUAACUAUCAAUGGAGACGAUGCUGAAAACGUAAGGCCUAAGCCAAAGCCAGCCUUGCAGUGUUUGACCAUUCCGGGCCUUGCUGAGAUGUCCCCCUUCUGUUUGUCUUCAGGAGAUGGAGAAUUUGUGGAAGUGAUUUCCUUACCAAAGAAUGACCUGCUGAAGAGACUUGAUGCUCUGGUAGCUGAUGAACAUCUGACAGUGGACGCCAGAGUCUAUUCCUACGCUCUGGCGCUGAAACAUGCAAACACGAAGCCGUUUGAAGUGCCCUUCCUGAAGUUUUAAGGCCAAAGGACAGUCGCCGUGUUUCUGUAACCAGGACACAGGCCUCCAUCAUUAAGACUUUGUAUUCAGCUUAGUUGCAAUGGAAAUUUGAAAUUAGUUUUUUCAUAAAAUAAAAGCACAGAAUGCAUGUGGUGGUAUGGAAUUGUAAUUACAGGUAGAUUAUAGCCUUCAUUUAAAUGCUAGACUCCAGCUAAUAUUAAAGAAGAACAACAUAAAUGCAGAUAAUGUUUAAUACAGCUUUCAAAAAAGAAAGCUCAGCUGUUAACUUUUCUACUCUAAUCCAGGAGAUACGGCAUUUUCAUAGGAAAAUAGCCCUGAAUUCCAAUUAGGUCAACUCUUCCCAACCCCCACUAAAAAAUAUGUGGCGAGGUAUGCAAACAACUGUUUACGGCAUUAGAGUUUUUUUAAAAGACAGACCUAUAUAGGGACUUUCUUGGCCUCUCCUAAUUAUCUGCUAUAUGGAAUUAAUCUGCAUAGCAGAGGAUAUAAAAGAGAAUAACAUUCGUAAUAAGCAAAUGUUUCCAGUUAGGUAGUGUCCUUAUAGCCAUCUAACUACUGGAGGGUGACCAGCUCUUAUGUAAUGAAAAACGGUCGAUUCAUUCACGUACCAAGGUUCAGAGGCUAAUGAAAAUACAGGGCCCUUCCCUCAAGCACGUGUAUAUACUUCAGAAUCUCAUUUCCUAUCCUUACCUCAAAAAGUACUUGAAGUUUCUAAAAACCAAACCCAUAGUAAUAAGAUUUACAUGGUUUGGGGCAUUGUCUUGGUGUUAAACUGUGAGUGUAGCCAGCACAGUUAGCAAGUACCAGAAACCCAAUACAAGCUUCUUUAAAGGAAAAUAUGGAUUGUUUCUGGCUCAUGCCAUGCCCAAACCUCCCCUGCCCCCAAUCCUCAAGGUCCACUGGUGUCAUUGGCCAUUUUCUUACCUCUUGAGCUUGGCUGUUGUGUGGACUUCUGUAGCCUCAGAGGCUCCAGGAUUACUGCUUCUUUCUUUGGUGUAGAAGUCUCUGGAUGGCUCUCAUUGGCUACCCCUAAGUCAUGUUUCCAGCCCUGGACCAGGGGUUCGCCAGGCCCCUCAGAUCCAGAUAAGAUCAGGGGACUAAUGCCAAAAGGGCUGCAGUACAGUUUGCUUGUCUGCAGGCUCACUGUCUUACCUAGAGAUAUUUUUAUGAGCAAAAAUAGAUCUUUAUAUUGUACUUCCUAAAAAGAAUGGAAAGAAUCAUGCAACUAGAGAACUGUAUAGAUGAAGUCUACUCUCCCUGUGAAUACUAUGAAAAUUCAGCCCCAACUAGUUGCUCUAAUAGUAGCCUUCCCCUGUGCCUCUUAAAUCCUUAUUUUUAGUUAUGGGCAUCAUGAUUCUCCAGGGACUGUAAUCCUCUUCCCUGAGCACUCAAGGCCCUCGUUACUGCUCUUCAUCAAAAUCAAGAGACGCCAAGGCAGAGAAUGCACAGGCUCAAGCACACAGACUGGUCUCCAAACAGCCUCCAACUCUUGCAAAACCACUCCCCAUGCCAACUGAUAAAGCUACUCAAAUGCUGAUGGAGGACAGAGGUUUGUAACCCCUGCCUGUCCUUUCUGCCUUCUUCUUUUCCUAAGAGUGCAGUUCAGAAGUGACACCUAAAUCCUAGAACAUCCCCUAAUGCAGUUUAUGUUCUCUGUAAAUAUCAAAGGCUAUGCUUUGGAAAUUCUGUCAGUUUGAGAACUGGCAGUCUGGGUGUUUUCACUGGCUGGCCCUAUUAGUGUAUCAUCAGUAUUUAAACGUUGAAGGUUUAUUAGUAUUUUUUUGAAGGUUUAUUAUUAAAAGCUGUAUUUCCACCUUCUUUGGGGAAAAAUAGCUGUAACACUGGGUUGUAUUUCCAUGGUAACAGUGGUCUGAGGCCCUCAGGAGAUGCUCUCCAGUGGACAUGGCUACCCUCCUGCCUGCCUGUAUUCUCUCUGCCUUCCUCCUGAAAUUAGUUGGCUUUGUGAUCCUAAGCUAAAUAAGAUACACUUCCUGCAGUAAGAAAGUAAACAAUGAUAGAAAACCAUAUGAAUGAGAAGGACUUCUUUGAAAAAUUAAGUUUGAUCUUUUUGGGCAAUAAAGCACAUACUUUGAAAAAUGAAUUAGGGAAUUCCCUGGCGGUCCAGUGGUUAGGACUCUGUGCUUUCACUACAGAGGAUUCCUGGUCGGGGAGCUAAGAUCCCAUAAGCCACGCAGCACAGCACCCCCCCCCCCAAAAGAAUUAUUUAUAAAGAACUGUGCUAUUUCAAAAGGAGGCUGGGAUAUUGUUUGUGACCAUUUUUUUUUUCUGGUCUUUCCAAAUGUUAGUCACAAAAUUGAGUACCCUUUUGUUGGCCACUGUCCCUCAAUAUUUUUAGGAUUAAACUAAUACAUUUGCAAUAGGUAUCUCAGGAUGAAUUUUGUAUGAAUAUAAUGAACCUAUAUAAUCUUAGAAAUCAUUUAAUACCAGAUUUUAUUUUUCCAACACAACCAAAAGUUUUAUUAAAUAAAAUUUUAUUGUCUACUGUUUACACUCAUGUUGCUGCUAUAAAGUACAACAACAUACACAGAUUCCUAGCAUGAAUUACUCAUUGUUCACCCCCACUGAACUACAGACAUUGCUUGAGAAUUAGAUCUUUGCUUUAGGGAUUAAAAAAAAAAAAUUGGGGCAUAGUAUCUUGAAGAGUAUUCUCAAGUGACGUGUUGGAAUUCGAAGGCAUAGCCAAUACAGUAAAACAGCACCGACUGUGCUGUCCCUGGGAGGAAAGGGGAAUGGAAAACAAACAGGCAGAGUAAUUAUAAGCAGUUGUUUCUGGUGCCAGAUUUGACUCUGAAAGCUUGAUUCUGCUUAUCUGGGCUAAGUGGCUGCUUUG